CUUAGGUCUCAUCGGUUCCACGUUUGAAUCACUGUACAAUUGAACAAAUCAAUUAUUCUAAAAACUUAUUUUGUCCCGUAGAUAAAGUGAUCUUAACACGAGACUAGAAUGAAAUAAUGAGUAUUGCAGUGGAACAUAGUUUAAUAAACUUAUGCCCACUGCUUGCUAUCACUUAAAUUCCCGCUGCGAUGCAUAUGUAAGGCGGGAGGCUGUUUCCUAGCAGGUCUGCGGCGUUUGUUGUGAUAACGAGGGUCCCACUUGCUCCUAAAAAUGCAAGUUACAGAUAUCGGAUCAAGAGAAGAAGGGAAAAUAUGGCACCGAAAGCUAGCGUCGACAAAACAUGGCGUUUUGGUUACUGUGAUCCGAAGCGCAUCUGCUCGUCAAAGUAAAACGGUUCGAUUCCUGCAAGUUGCUUUCGACACCACAGGAGAGUCGUUUCUUGCUGGAGACCACCAUGGCAAUAUUUAUGUGUUUGACAUAAGCAGAAACAGAUUUAAGCUGGUCCAGAAAACAAGUCAAGCCUGUACUACCUUAGCUUUCAACUUGAGAAGAACGACCGAGUUCCUGGUUGCCCUUGCCGAUUACUCCAUAAAGUGCUUUGACAAGGACACCAGACAGCUGGUAAGCUGGAUGCGGGGUCACGAGGGUGCUGUUUCUUCACUGUCUGUCCACAGUUCAGGCACCUUCGCCAUCAGCACAUCUUCAGACACGGCACAGCUCUGGAACCUUGACACUUUCCAGAGAAAAAGGAAGCUCAAUGUUCGUCAGUCAGUUGGCAUACAAAAGGUGUUCUUCCUACCCCGCAGCAACACCAUUCUCAGCUGCUUCAGUGAUGACUCCAUUUUUGCUUGGGACUGCGACACUCUUGUUUGCAAGUAUCAGUUGCCUGUUCCACAGGAUGGGCCCCGAAUACAUUACAGGACGUAUGCUGUCACACAAGAUGGGAAAACGCUUGCAGCUGCUGGACGCUCCAACUUGGUGCAUUUGUGGUGCCUGGACAGCCAACAGCUCUUGAGAGUUGUUCAGAUGCCUUUGAAAGUUAAGACAGUCAGACAUCUGGAUUUCCUCCUUGAUAGUUUUGAUGGCGGAUCCAAUCAGACUCUGGGUGUUUUAAGUCAAGAUGGCAUCAUGCGCUUCCUAAACAUUCAGACUUGCAAGCAGCUCUUUGAAAUAGGUUCUUAUGAGGAUGCUAUCACCUCUGCAAGCUUUUGUCCUAAAGGCCACCAUAUUGUUGCCGUGGUGGACAGUGGUGCUCUUAAAAUCUAUGAAGUGCGAAGUCUUAGCCCAGAAAUCAGUAAGCCACCCCAGCCUUUGUUGAAAAUGGUAACUAAAAACAACAUAAGCGAGGGAUCUUCUUUGAAAGUAAAGGUGCACACUGGAGCAGGUCAGCGUCAUGUCAAAACAUCAGGGCGUCGAAAUCAACCCAAAGGUACUCCAACGCUUGCUGUUUCUGCAAUGGAUGACAAAGAGAAUGAUUUGCCCAAUGGCCUAAACAAGAAAAGAUUACAAGGUCUGUUGAGAGCGUUUGGAGAGUACCCAGACAAAUACAGGAUGUUUAUUUGGCGUUCUCUGUUGCAUCUGCCGGAGAAUCAUGCAGCUUUUAGCAGUCUGACCGACAAAGGCCUUCACUCAGCAUACCUGUGCCUUCAAGAACGGUACCCCAUCAAAAGCCACAAACUACAGAGAGGCCUACAGAGGGUGCUAUCUGCUCUUGCUCACUGGGCCGCCGUUUUUGGCGAGACAGAUUAUCUCCCCCUGCUGGCCUUUCCAUUCGUCAAGCUGUUCCAGAACAAUCCUAUGAUCUGCUUUGAAGUUGUGGCCACUGUCAUCGGAAACUGGUGCCAGCACUGGUUCGAGUACUUUCCCAACCCUCCGCUUAAUGUGCUUAACCUGGCUGAGAAUGUUCUGGCCCAUCAUGAUAAAGAACUGCUUCAGCAUUUCGUCACAUGUGGCGUUACCUCACAGAUGUAUGCAUGGCCCCUUCUGGAGACGCUGUUCUCUGAAGUAUUGAUGAGAGAAGAGUGGCUGAAACUAUUUGACAAUGUUUUCUCCAAUCAUCCCUCUUUCCUUCUGAUGGCUGUGGUGGCUUAUGUAACCUGCUGCAGAACACCAUUACUGCUGUGUACUGACAAAAAAGACUUUGAGUACUUUUUCCAUCAUCGGAAUAGUUUGGAUAUUGGUGCCAUGCUAAAGGAAACCUAUCGGUUGAUGGACAGCACACCUGCAGACAAUCAUCCCAGCUCCGUGCUGAGUGACUUUGAACCAUUGACACAGGGCCAGUACCCCAUCUUCAACAAAUAUCCCACCUUCGUAGUGGAGUAUCAGUCCCAGGAACGUGAGAAGAUCCGUCAGCAAGAAGUAGAAUAUCUGAGGGAAAGACAAGAGGUUCAGGUGCUGCAUGCUGAGGCAGUCAGACAGCAGGCCGAGUUUGAGGCCUGGUACAAACAGCAGGAGCUUCUACUGCAGGGGGAGGAGCAACGUCGAAGGAUUCUACAGGAAGAGGAGAAUAAACUUGCACAACAAAGAUCCAGAUUGGCUGCUAUGAAGCGGGAGCUGAAGGUGAAGGAACUCAAUCUGAUUGACGCCACUAAAAGACGGUUCCUUAAGCACCAACAGGAUCAGCGCAGAAUACAGCUCCAAAGGCUUGAUGAUGAGAUUCAGAGAAAGAUGGCCCUGAGAGAUCAGGAGACGGCUGUUGCCGUUCAUGAUAUAGAAGUGAGACAGAUGGAGCUGGAUGCAAAGAGACAAAUGUUUGAACAGCAACUGGCAAGGGAGCAGGAGUGUGUAAGUCAGGAGGUGAGAGCCGAGUUGGAAACAAGGAGACGCAGGGCUGAGAUGGAAGGUUCUGCAUUUCAAAACCCCACUCAGACAGAUGCCGAUCUCAACCAGUCCAACAAGCGGAUGCUUGAAGAGUCUUUGGCAGAGGUGGGACAGAUGAAGGUGGAUACUGAUUGGCAGGCUGAGAUGAUUAGGCGAUUGAACGGAGCAGAGGAGGGGCACGAAAAGCAGAAAGAGCAGUUAGCGUACCUGGGGAAACAAACACGUGCUAAGGAAGAGGAAAUAUUCCAUCUAAUGCAGGAAGUGGAAGGAAAGCAGUGGGAUGAUGUUGUAGCUAAACAAGCUGAACUAGUGGAGAAAAGACAGACGGCCACAGCUGUAAACGCCCACCGGACUUCACUUAUCUUUCAGGAAACAGAAGAGCAACAUUACAACAAACUGCAAAAGAGUCUUGAGGAUUCACAGAAUCAUCAGAAGAAUAAGAGGUUCAGAUCUCCUUGCUCAUCCAGAGGGCUGUUGCACACCACCAUGAAUCAUAAGUCUGCAUCAGAUGAUUCUUCAUACUUUUCUUUAGAUCGUGGACGUGGCGAGCUUGACUGUAAGGAACGGGAGUUGAUGCAGGAAAUCAGAGAACUGAGAAAGAAAAUAACAGCCAGAGCGAGAGCGACUGACUUUACCUCACCCUCAACCAGCUCCAUACACUCACUGCCCACACCAUCACCACCUGGACGGAACUAAUGUGACUUCAAAAAGAAAAUGUUUUUAGACGGUACAAGAUGUUGUCCUUGCUUUAAAAUGACACUACACCUUGUUAAACUAAAAGUUUUAGUUUUUAAACAUUCCAAGUGCCACUGUCAGUGUAGAAUUGCUAUUCUUGUUUUUGUGAUGUUUUGAUUAAAUUAUUUAUAUUUAGAGAUUUUUUUUGUUCAAUUAAAUUCAUAAUGUUAUUUUAUUAAUUGAUGUAUUGUUAUUGCAAACAUUGUCAGUUGUAUUUUUUAUGUUUUGUAUUUUAAAUUGAAAAUGCAAUUUUAAAUAAAAUGUUGUAUUAUGACAAUA